CGCGCGGCAGCCUGUCACCGGGUGAGAGUUGAAGGGUCGCGGUGUGAGGCAGCGGGACCGGGCUGUGAUACCCCGCACAGAGAGAUCUCCGCACCGAGACCUGAAGCUGCCUCUGGAGCACAGGCUCAUGUUCGUCGUCAGCAAGGAGCCGGCCAUGGAAUAGCCCUGUGGGUCACGUGAUGGCGAGUAGGUGACGGCAGCCGACGAUGCCCCUGACUGACAGACUGCGUGAGAGGAUAUCGCGGGCCUUCUACAGACACGGGCUCCUGUGUGCCUCCUACCCCAUCCCCAUCAUCAUCUUCACCGCGCUCUGCAUCCUCGCCUGCUGUUACCCUCUCCUGAAGCUGCCCCUGCCUGGGACCGGUCCGGUGGAGUUCAUCACCCCGGCGAAGGAUUAUCGACCUCCUCGUCAAGAACCGGCACCGGGAGACCGUAUCGAGCAGCCUGAUUGGUACGUCGGGCUGCCCGUGGCCUACAUCCAGCAGGUGUUGGUGAAAGCCGUGGUGUCUCCGUGGGAUAAGAACUUCCGAGCCGUGGACGUCUUCCGCUCCCCGCUGUCACGAGUUUUCCCGCUGGUGGAAGAGAUCAGGAACCACGUUCUCCGAGAGAGCUCCGGCCAGACGAGCCUGGAAGAUGUUUGCCUCCAGGUGACCGACCUCCUGCCGGGGCUGAGGAAGCUCCGGGGCAAACUGCCGGAACAUGGCUGCCUCCUGCUGUCCCCGGCCAACUUCUGGCAGAACGACCCGGAGCUCUUCAACAACGACGCGGACCUCAUCAGAACCAUCCAGCAGCACGAGCCCAAGACCCUGCAGACCUCCGCCACGCUGAAGGACCUCCUUUUCGGGGUGCCGGGGAAGCAGAGCGGAGUCAACUUAAACAACCGCAAGCGGGUCGUAUCUUACACCAUCACCAUCGCGUUUCGCAGAUACAACGCCACGUUCCUGCGCAGUCUGAGGUCCCGUCUCCGGCAGCUCCAUCCCUGCGCCAACUGCACCCUGAAGCUGCGUAACAUCGUCCACAUUCACUUCAAGGAGGAGAUCGGCAUCGCUGAGCUCAUCCCGCUCGUCACCACGUACUUCAUCCUCUUUGCUUAUAUCUAUUUCUCCACCAGGAAGAUCGACCUGGUGAAGUCGAAGUGGGGUCUGGCGCUGGCCGCGGUGGUCACUGUCCUCAGCUCCCUGCUCAUGUCCGUCGGUCUGUGCACCCUCUUCGGACUGACGCCGACCCUCAAUGGCGGGGAGAUAUUCCCGUACUUGGUGGUCGUCAUCGGCUUGGAGAACGUCUUGGUGCUCACAAAGUCCGUGGUGUCGACUCCGGUGGAUCUGGAGGUGAAGCUCCGCAUCGCGCAGGGCCUCAGCAAUGAAAGCUGGUCCAUCAUGAAAAACAUGGCGACCGAGCUGGGAAUCAUCCUGAUUGGAUACUUCACGCUGGUGCCGGCCAUCCAGGAGUUCUGUCUGUUCGCCGUCGUCGGGCUCGUGUCGGACUUCUUCCUGCAGAUGUUCUUCUUCACCACCGUGUUGUCGAUCGACAUUCGAAGGAUGGAGCUGGCAGAUCUAAACAAGCGGAUGCCCGCCGAGGCCUGCAUGCCUCCCGCCAAGACCGGGCCGCGGACACCGAGGUACGAGCGGCAGCAAGCCACGCGGCGGACCACCCCCCACACCAUCACGCUGCAGCCCUCCUCGUUCCGCAACCUGCGCCUGCCCAAGAGACUGCGCCUGGUGUACUUCUUCGCACGGACGCGGCUGGCGCAGAGGAUCAUCAUGGCCGGGACGGUCAUCUGGAUCGGGAUCCUUCUGUACACGGACCCCGCCGGCCUGCGCACAUAUCUCACGGUUCAGGUGACGGAGCAGAGCCCCCUGGGUGGGGAAGUGAUGCCCCCUCUUCCCGUGCCGGUCCUUCCCGCCGCCGACCCCCAGAAUUCCCUCUCUGUUUUCCCCACCGGUUCAUCCCAACUUCUGGAGAACCAAUCGCAGCGCAAGGAGGCGCUGGAGUCCCUCGUGGGGCGGCUGGAGGGAUGGGGAGAAGAGCAGAGGGAUGCCGGAGAGGAGAGCAAAGAGGACAGAGGGCACGCAAAGGUCACGUGGGGAGCGGAGGACGAGGAGACCUGGAGGAAGCUCUCGUUCAGACAUUGGCCGACGCUCUUCAGCUACUACAACAUCACCCUGGCCAAAAAGUACAUCAGCAUCCUGCCUGUGAUCCCCAUCACCGUGUACCUGACCCCGCAGGAGGCGGCGGACGCCCGGCACCCGCUCGAGGCCCAGCACUCCCACCUCUUCGAUCCGCCUCGGGACGCUCGGCAGGAGGAGAAAGCGGCCGAAGGGCCCUCCAAAGCCCAGGGGCCCGCGGACGUCACCCUGUACAAAGUGGCCGCGCUGGGACUGGCCUCCGGAAUCCUCCUGGUUCUGCUCCUGUUCUGUUUGUACCGGCUGCUGUGUCCUAAAAACUACGGCCAGAACGGUCUUUCCCACAGCCGGCGCCGGAAGGGGGGUGACCUACCGUGCGACGACUACGGCUACUCGCCUCCUGAGACGGAGAUCGUGCCCCUGGUCCUGCGCGGUCACCUCAUGGACAUCGAGUGUUUGGCCAGCGACCGGAUGCUGCUGGUGAGCUGCUGCCUGGCCGGCCAGAUCCGCGUGUGGGAUGCCCAAACCGGCGACUGCCUCACCGUCAUCCCCAAGCAACGUCUGCGCAGGGAAAGCAGCGGCGUCUUCGAUUAUCCGGAGAGCUGGGAGACGCUGUCGGACUGUAAAUACGGCGCCGAGGACUGCGUGGAGAACGGUUACCUCCUGAAGCGCCGGCCGCCGCGAUUCUACGACCAGCCAGACCUGAGCAGCCUGAUCGACACCAACUUCCCAGAGCAAGCCAAGCAAGAGGAGCCCGACGGCCGCCAGAGACCGGUCAGCGUCGGGCGCGAAGGAGGCGCCAACGGUUACGACUUCAGCGGCCUGGUGCAGCGGGCGUGCGAAGAGCAAGGAGCCCCCACCCUGGGCAGCUUCCCUCCCGUGUUUUCUCCCCCGCUGUACGGACCCGGCGGGCUCUCCAUGGACGGGCGUUUGGAUGGGAGUUACGCUUCUUCCAGGAGGAAAAGCUCCGUAGAGGAUCCCGGAUCGUGGAACGGGGCGGUCUCGCCCGAUCCCGGCUGGACAGAGGAUUUCGAGGGCUCCGUGUGGAGCUUGGGGCUGCAGGGCAAUCUGAUAGUGGCCGGGAGGAGUAACGGAAGCCUGCAGGUCUGGGAUGCCAUAGCUGGAACCCUGCAGUGCAGCCACGGUGAAGGGCAGAGCGGCAUCACGGCCCUCGUGUUCCAGAACCGCAGGAUAGUCGCGGCUCGACUUAAUGGCUCGCUGGACUUCUUCUGCCUGGAGUCCAACAAAUCUGCCAGCCAGCUGCAGUUCCGAGGAACCUCUAACAGGAGCAACAUGCCGAGCUCCCCGCUCUAUAGCAGCGAUGACAUCAUCAAGUGUCAGCUGACUCACAGCGUGACAUGUGCCCACCAGAAGCCAAUCACAGCGCUGAAGGCUGCAGCUGGCCGGCUGGUGACUGGGAGCCAAGACCACACUGUCAGGGUGUACCGGCUUGAGGACGCCUGCUGCUUGUUCACCCUGCAGGGACACUCAGGGGGCAUCACAGCCGUUUAUAUCGAUGAGACUAUGGUUCUGGCCAGUGGGGGGCAGGAUGGAGCCAUCUGCCUCUGGGAUGUUCUCACUGGAAGUCGAGUUGGGCACAUGUACGGGCACCGCGGGGACGUGACAUCACUGAUCUGCACCGCUUCCUGCGUGAUCAGCAGCGGCCUGGAUGAUGUCAUCAGCAUAUGGGACAGGAGCACCGGGAUCAAGCUCUACUCCAUCCAGCAGGACUUGGGCUGCGGCUCCAGCUUGGGUCUGAUAUCGGACAACCUGCUGGUGACGGGGGGCCAGGGCUGCGUGUCCUUCUGGGACAUCGGCUACGGAGACCUCCUGCAGACCGUCUACCUGGGGAAGUGCGAGGAGGCGCAGCCGGCCCGGCAGAUACUCGUCCUGGACAACGCGGCCAUUGUGUGUGACUUUGGCAGUGAGCUCAGCCUGGUCUACGUGCCAUCGGUGCUGGAGAAGCUGGACUGAGGGGGCCGCGUUAGGACUGGAGCUUCGCCGUAAUCCCGGUCUGUCGGGGGUCGCGUUCACGUUAAACGUUAAAUAUACUUCCAAUGGAAAUA